AUGGGAGAGCGAAAGUCGACCCGCGUCAAGACAGUCGCCAAGGCGCUUAAGCGCGUGGACGAUGACACGCGACGACAGGUCGCCGCUGCUCGUUUGGAUGCUCUCGAGAACGAUAACGCCGAGGCGGAGGCGGCCGACGACGACAGCGAAUAUGAGGUCGAGGAGGGAGAGGGUGUGGGCACGGUCCUGAAGAAGAAGGGCGGGGGCAAGGGUGGGAAGAGAACGACGCGCGGCGCGGUGGCGACGAAGAAAGGGCCGAGAUCGUUCGCCGCGCACCUGGACGAGGCGAUGCUGGACAGGGUGCCGAGGGAGAUACCGACGUACCUCACCGCGGCGGCGGGUCCAUCGGUGACGUCCACGGCUCGAAAGUACUGCUCCGUGUGCGGCUACGCGUCCAACUACAACUGCGCUCGCUGCGGGAUGAAGUUCUGCAGUCGCAAGUGCAACGCCGUCCACACCGAGACCCGGUGCCUCAAGUUCACGGCGUGA